CUUCUUCUUCUCUAUCGUGAGUAAACGUCUCUCGUAAUCCAAAACCCAAAUCCUCAAUUCCCAGUUCUCCACUCCACUCACCAUUGCAGCCUUUUCUUACCUUGCUAUGAAACCCUAGGCCUCUCUGCUUCAGCACUCUUCAAUGGCGGUUCGAGCCGUCAACACCUGCUCCAUCCUCCGCUCCGCUUCGUCCCCUCCUCUCUCCGCCUUCCGAUGCCUCCCUUUCCAUUUUAAGGCCUCUUACUUUCACGCUUACUCCACUUCCAAACUAGGCUUUUCAUUACCCCUGUUAUGCUCUCAAAGGAGUUUUAUUGAUCAUGGCGGUGUACGGAGCUUCUCUGUUCAUAGUCUGGUCGAUUGCGUCAUGGAUGAGCUUCGAACCUCGCGAAGAUGGAGGAUAAUUCGCGCGGCCUCCAAAGUAGAAAUACCAGCAAAAGGAGAUACUUUAGAAGAUAGACUCGGAAAACGGACUAUACAGAAAGGGUUGCUGUUAGAGUUCAAAAAGGAUUCUGAUAGAGUAUUGCUUGCUGUUGCUCAGAAACCAGAUGGCAAAAAGAACUGGAUGGUCUCUGAUCAGAAUGGUGUAGUGUCAUCCAUUAAACCCCAACAAGUUACAUAUAUUGUUCCAGGCAUUGAAAACUUUGACCAUGCAGAUAUUGGGGGCUUUAUUCAGAAAGCUCAGAAUAAUUUGGAUCCUGCAUUGCUAGAAUUCGCUUGGGUUGAGCUUCUUGAAAAAAAUAAGUUGGUAACUACAGAAGAAUUAGCUGAGAUGAUUUUUGGUAGUGCGGAGCCUCUAGAGAGUUAUUGUACCCAUCUUUUGCUUUCGAAAGAUGAAAUAUAUUUCACAGUGAUAGAGGCAAAAGGUUCUUGUUCUAUGUACGGACCUCGACCUACUAAUCAGGUGGAAGAGCUCCUUCGUAGGAAGCUCAUGAAAGAGGCUGCUGAGAAAGAGCUGCAGGAGUUUGUUCAGUUAUUGAAAUCUGCCAAAUCUAUGCCUAUGGAUGCUAAACCUCCCAAAUCAACUUGGCUGGGUGAAGAGAAAAUCAGGCAAAAAAUUGAGUCGCUUGAAUUAUAUGCUAUUGAUGCCUGCAAAAGUGAUGACCAAAAGAAAACUGCUGGAUUGAUUCUUAAAACAAUGGGGCUAGCAAAAACAGCAUCAUCAGCAGUAUAUCUCCUCAUAGAUAUUGGUUAUUUUCCUGUUCAUGUCAAUCUUGAGCUGUUGAAGUUAGGUAUCCAUACUGAUCAUUCUGAAGUAAUAAUAGAAGCUGCAAAAAGUCUUCUGGAAGAGUCAUCUGAUCCAGAUGAGCAUAAUAGAAAAGAUCUUACUCACCUGAAGGUUUAUGCCAUUGAUGUUGAUGAGGCUGAUGAGCUUGAUGAUGCCCUGAGCGCAACAAGGCUGCAGGAUGGACGUAUAAAAGUUUUGAUUCAUGUUGCAGAUCCUACUAGAUUUCUUGAUCCAGGGAACAUAGUCGAUAGGGCUGCAAUGAAAAGAGGGACUUCAGUUUUUCUGCCCACUGUUACUUAUCCUAUGUUUCCGGAGAUACUUGCCAUGGAAGGAAUGAGUCUGAAGCAGGGAGAGAUUUGUAAUGCUGUUACAGUCUCUGUUGUGCUGCAUUUUGAUGGCAGUGUUGCAGAAGUGUCGGUGGAAAAUUCAAUCAUUAAACCAACCUAUAUGCUGACGCAUGAGAGUGCCUCUGAGCUGCUUCAUUUGGAUCUGGCUGAAGAGGUUGAGCUAAAACUUUUGUCUGAGGCUGCUACUCUGAGAUUGCAAUGGCGUUGCCAGCAGGGUGCUAUUGAUGCAGCCAAUUUAGAAACACGUAUCAAAGUAGCUAACCCAGAGGAUCCUGAACCUUUAAUCAAUCUCUAUGUCGAAAACCAGGCAGACCCUACAAUGCGGCUUGUUGCAGAGAUGAUGAUUCUCUGCGGAGAAGCUAUAGCUACUUAUGGUUCCCGCAAUAACAUUCCCUUACCAUACAGAGGGCAGCCACAAUCAGAUAUUGACAUGUCUGCAUUUGCACAUCUUCCAGAAGGACCUGUUAGAAGUUCAGCUCUGGUUAAAAUAAUGCGUGCAGCUGAAAUGGAUUUCAGGAAUCCCAUCCGCCAUGGUGUUUUAGGGAUUCCUGGUUAUGUUCAGUUUACAUCUCCCAUCCGUAGAUAUAUCGAUCUCCUGGCUCAUUAUCAGAUUAAGGCAUUUCUUAGAGGUGAGUCUCUUCCAUUUUCGCCUGGUCAGCUUGAAGGAAUGGCCUCUAUCAUAAACAUGAAUACUAGAGUGGUAAGGAGACUCAGCAACAUCAGUCUUCGGUAUUGGAUUAUAGAAUAUCUUAGAAGGCAACCAAAAGAGAGAAAAUACCACGCAUUGGUUCUUAAGUUCAUUAAGGAUCGCAAUGCAGCCAUAAUGUUAACUGAGGUGGGAUUCCAAGCAUCUGUGUGGGUGUCUACCGCACAGGUUGGAGACGAGGUAGAGGUUCAGGUAGAAGAAGCUCAUCCACGAGAUGAUAUAAUUUAUCUCAAGGAAGUUGCUAGUUAAGAAUUAUAAACAGAUCCUAAACAUUACCAAAGAAACAAAAUUACCCUGCAAUGAUCUCUACUACAAAUCAUUUUUGUGUGGAACAAACCGAGUUUCGGCUCAAGCAGGUUCUACCUAUGACGGUGGCUAUAUCAAAACCGAGCAGGAUGAAAAAUUCUUCACCGAACCUGUUCUGAUAAUCCACCAUGCCUAACAAGAAACCGCAACGAGUGUUCUCAUCGAUUUGUGACCCGACUUGUUUUUAAACAGGCAAAAACAUCAAGUUCUUGAGAUAAUGGUCACUGUGUUUGCGCAAGCAAAGCAAUACCCAUUCUUUAGUCUUUUUGUGGCCAAAUAGUAAGGUUUUAAGUUAUCUGAUCAAUAAUGUAUAGCAGAAAAAUGUUAUAGUCACAUGAUUAUUGUUGUAUCAGAGCUUGAUCAUUAAUUUCCGAUGUGAUAUAUUUGUUUAUACA